AUCUAUAAAUAAUGUAUAUCCGAAAGCCCAUAUUGAAAGUAGACGCAUUGUUUAGAAGAUUCGGGUUCCAAUUUUUUCCCAAAUUUACAGUCUCCGCCAGCUGCUCUGAGUUCCGCCGGUUGCCGCUGAUCGUCCGUCUUCAUCAUCGUCCGGGCAUGGGUUUGUGGACAUUGUUCGAGGGUUGCCUGCUUCUUGCAAAUGCACUUGCAAUAUUGAACGAAGAUCGUUUCCUUACUCCGAGAGGAUGGAGCUUCCAGGAAUAUUCAGGGGUCCGGAGAAAUUCAUUCAAGGGCCAGCUACUUGGUCUUAUUUAUGCAACUCAAUAUCUGAGAGUUGUUCUCAUACUCCUCAACACACUCUGUAUUGUUGUAAAGUUUGUAUCUGGAUGAUGAUUCUUGGAUUAGACAAUGAAAGUUCAUCGAUGGAAGGGUGCAGAAGCUUCCUUAAGGAAAAGCUGCAAAUCUAGUCACAUUUUGUUAGAAACACUGAUACUAGAAUGAACUAAUUUUUUUCUGUUAGUUUUAGAUUAAAACUUAUUUUCGGUCUUUAUGAACAGUUCUUGUGAAAUAGGUCAUCAGUGCAACACUACCUACGCAUAUUCUUAUCUUCUUAGAGUCUAAAGCUCUCUUUUAAGGUUGCUGCAAUUUUUUGAAUGCGUGUGAGAUAUUGUCCUGUAUCUCUUCUUAGCAUUUGCUUA